CUCAACGGCUUCCAGCAUAUGUGGGGACCUCGCUACGUCUUGGCCUCAGUCGAUUUGCGAGGGAACUGCGUCGACGAGUUCAGCCAGCUGCUGCACUUGGCGGGUCUGCAUGCGUUGCGGCGUCUGCGGCUGGAGGAAGAGACAGGGGAAGAGAGACGCUCGCGCGAGGAACGAGACGAAGAACUGUCGAUGGACGUCCUCUCUGGAAAUCGCAUUUGCCUCAGCAGAAACUAUCGUAACUGCGUCUUGGUUUGUUGUCCUGUUCUCGCCGAACUCGACGACUCAGCAGUUACUGAAGCGGAGCGACGCCACUUGCAAGAGGGUCUCUGCCGAGAGUCACCGGGAAAACAGAAAGAUACCGAGAAGGAGACAGAGACAGAGACCGCGUCGUGGAGGAGUCCCGUGGACCUGGAAGUUGAGCAAGCGGCUUUGGAAGAGUAUUUGCAGUGUCUUGUUAAGAGAAAGAGGAAAGACGCGGAGUCCGACACUGCUCUGCAGUCUGCACCUCCCGAAGGCGCCGGCCUUGCGUCUCCGGACUCUGCUGUCUUCUCGUCUGUCGAUUCGAGCCAGCAGAGACAGCCUUCCUUCUGUCGGCCGACUGUCGGGGGAGUUGAGCGUUCAUCUUCUCUCGAAGACGCUUCCGAAGAAGUUUUUUCCUCGCAAAACGCUCCGACAGCUCGAGAGAAAAGAGAAAGGCCAGUCUGGAAAAAGUCGGAAGAUGAAGCGCGAAUUGAGUUCCGGCGUUCUCUCCCUCUUCCAUGCAUGCGUCAAAAACAACAUCAACCUGGUAGACAUGCUGAGAAAUCGUCUUCGUCUUCCUCCUCUUCUUCUUCUCCCUCUUCUUCUUCUUCUUCAUCUUCUUCCUCUUCUACGUCUCCGUCUUCUUCUUCCUGUUCUUCUUCAUCUUCUUCGUCUUCUUCCUCUUCUACGUCUCCGUCUUCUUCUUCCUCUUCUUCUUCCUCUUCUUCCUCUUCUUCCUCUUCUACGUCUCCCUCUUCUUCUUCCUCUUCUUCUUCCUCUUCUCGUUGUGGCAGCGGGGGGAGAAGCCGCGGAGGCGCGGCGGCAAAGCAGGACAGAGAAGAGGGAGAGGUCGAGGAGCUGGGGGACGAUAAAAGAGAGGAAAGGGUGAUUUGCGAGGAAGAGCUCAAGGCGACUGGUUCGGCCUUUCUUGCGAGCCCAGAAUCGCUUCGUCGGGGUGUCGAGACACUCGCAGCUCUGCAUCUCGUGACCUCCGACAUGCUUCCCAUAUCUCUUGCUGGCUUCCUCGUUUCUUCUCUCUUCCCCCAUCUCACCCAGUUCCACCCUCCCCUCCCCUCAAAUGCAUGUUACACUUCGCAAACAGCAACAUGUCCCUCCUCUUCCUCUGGUUCUUCUUCCUCGUCCGCUUCCUCCUCUUCUUCCUCUUCUUCCUCUUCUUCUUCCUCUGCUGCUUCCUCUUUUGACUCUUCGUUGCUGGCUACAGGCCUUGGAGGAGGCCAGCAGGCGUCUGCGUCGCAGCAGCUGUUCCCGUCGCCUUGGUCGCCUCAGGCGCUCUCUCUUCUUGCGUGUCUCUCCCAGUUUCAGCAACCGGAGCGAAGUCGAAGUUUGAGACGAAGGCAUUCCUGCCGCAGAACGUCGCGGAGAAGGCGCAGCAACGAAGACUCACGCGAGAGAGACGCGGCCUCCGACGCAGAGACCGAGAAGGAGUUUCAGGGUGAAUGCGUCUCUGGAGAAGGCGCGUUGUCUUCGUCUCUUCAGGGAGGAAGGGCAACGGCUCCGGAGAAGCUGAGAGACAGGAAACAGAGAGAACGGGAUAUAGCUUUGCUGGCUGGCCUAGCGCAGAUUGAAAAGGAAAUGGAGAAGAAGGAGAAGGAGCGCAAACUCUUGCAGCUUGCUCUGGAGGAGACGCGCGCGGCUCUGAGGCAAGCGCAUGCAUCGCUUCUACGCAUGCAGGAGCGGACGGCAAGAACAGCAGGCGAAGCCGGUUGUCCGGGAUCUCCUCAGAACGCGGAGGGAGUGUUCGCUGCGCGGAAUCGACGGGGCGCGCGAGCAGAGAGGGCGUUUGCCUCGGCGCAGGAGCUCGAGACUCGAGGCGAGUUCCUUAUUUGUCCAGGGAAGACCGAGCGCGGGCGCGAAAGACGAACAUCGUCUGAGGGGGGAGAGCUCGGAAGAGUCCGAGUUCACAGAGCACUGCGACACACAUCCGCUCCAGGGAAUCGCGAAGGAGCAAACGGAGGAGCGUCGCGUUUCUGUGAUGUUCAAAUUGAUUUUCUGCCAUCUGAAAACGGUCCUGCGUCGCGUCGGCUUCUCUCCCGUGCUGGCGCGAAUUCUGCGCCUUCUUCGGAUGCCACUGACGAGCUGCGGACGCGAACACCCGAAGACGAGGAAGAAGACGCAAGCGGGCGUCUUCUGCAGAGACAUGAGGAGACCUCGGCGGGAGAGAAGCGCAGAGUCGAGCGGAGACGCGUGGAUCGCAUGCAGCAAACGGAGGAGACAGGAGACAGCUGGCGACAGUGGGAAGAGCGACUUGUUCAGGCGGAGGAAACUUCGCGCGGCUUCUCGCUUCAACUCCAAAGGCGAGAAGAAGUCGCACGAACCAAACAGGCAGAACUGGAAGAAGAGCUCGCAGCUCUGCAGGCGAGACACGCGACUCUGCAGGGUGCGUACACCGCAGCGGCGGAGCGGCUGGCGGAACUGGAGAGGCGUCAACGGGCGAGAGAGAAAGAAGAGGAGGAGCAGCGGAGGCGAACGCACGAGAAGGAAAUCGAAGUGGAAAAAUUGCAGACGCGAGCCGAGCAGGCAGAAGCGAAGGUGGAGGAGCUGCAAAAAGAGAACGAAGCCGCGAACGAGACCCUGCGCGAACUGAGGAGAGAAAUGGAGAAAGCCGCAGACCGAGCAGAGAAACGAAUGCGCGCCUGCUCAGAGAAGCACCGAGCCGAAGCUGGAGAAAAGGAGCAACAGUUUCGACGGCAACUCAGAAAGUUGGAAGACGCUUUCAAAGACACUCUCCAGACAUUUCGACGAGAGCACCUUGCGGCAGAGGAUGCAUUUCGCGCCAGGCUCCGGGAGAGAGAGAGAGAAGCAGAAGAGACCCUCCAGCUGCUGCGGCAAGAGAAGAGAACGACAGACGACCAGGCUCACCUUCUCCGAGCUGCGGCGAGACAAGAGGCCGAGGCGAAUCGCGCAAUUCAGAAACUCGCAGACAAAGUCGAGGAGGCUUCGAGAGAAAUUCAGCAGCUUCGUAGAGACAAAGAACGGGCGUCCGAGCUUCUGGCGCAUGCACAAGAGCAAGCGACGCGGGAUGACGAAGAGUGCCGCCAAGCGCGGGCGCUGUUGCAGCAGCUUCGGGGAGAUUUCCAGACUUUUCGCGAGACCUGUGUGUCUCGAGAAAGAUUCGAAGGAGUGCAGAAGGAACGAGAGAAGCUGCUGAAACAGCUGGAGAAAGCCGCAGAGAGCGACGGCCGAGGUGUGGAGACACUCCAGGCUCUCCAGGAGACGCGCGAGAAGGAGAAGAAGCUCGCCGAGGCGCUGAAGGAAGCGACGCUCACCCUCAGCGUGAAGGAGAAGAUGCUCAAGACGCAGGAGGAGCACAUCGACGCCUUGAGAAGUCAAGUCCGAACUAAGGAGGAAGCGGUGCAAGACCUGGCCGCCCGGCUGAAGAGGAAAGACAAAGAAACAGACAAGAAACUCCACGAGUUCGCAGAGAGAGCGAACGAGUGGAGGUCGAAGUACGAGGCGGAGGUCGGUCCGGUUCGCGAGGCGUUGGCGGAGAGAGCGAAGGAGAACGAGGAUCUGAUGGAGGCGCACAAGGAGUUGCAGAAGAAGUUUCUGUCUCAGCAAAAGGCGCUCGAAUACGCGCAAGAGGAGCUGCGUGCUCUCGCCGUCACUGUGGGAGAGCAGCAGGAGCGCGAGAGAGAAGAGUUGCGGCGAGUGUUGGAGAGGGAACAUGAGGAAGAGAAGCGGAGUCUGUUCGCGAAACUGGAGACCACGCAGGCGUGCAUGCAGCGCUUGAGAGAAGAAGUUCGCGAGCGCGAGAGAGAAGGCGAGAAGAUGCGAGAAAAGUUGCUGGAAACCAAGAAGAAGAAGAAGGAGAGAGACAUGGAGAUGCGGGUGCUGCUGGAACUCGAGGAAACGAAGAAGGCGCAAGCUGCAGAAACUGUGAAGCAAAUGACGGGUCUUCUGAGACAGCUCGAGAGCGAGUGCAGCACGACGCGCGUUUCAAAGAGCACUGAACGCUCUCAGUUCACUGUGUGAAAAAACUGAUGAAUUGCAAACAGAAAUGAGGUCGAGCCUGUCGCG